CCAGAGUGUCUGAGAGAUUAGUUUCCUCCUUCUUUCAUUCGUUGCAUUGGAUAGAGUGUACCAUAGUAGAGAUCAAUGAAAUCCCUGACGUCCUUUUCCACCCACUUUCGAUAGCAUCCAUGUGAAGAAAAGUGGGAUAGAAGAGGAUCAUGUCGAGUGUGUUCCCCUCCAAUUGGCUGGCUCAAAGUGCCGGCAUCUUGGCUGGAUCUUGUGUGUUGUUGGCCUCCUUUGAUGUGUUCUACUUUCUCCGGGUGGCCUCAUUCCGCAUUAGUUCCUUGUUUCAAAGCCCCAUGACACCGGCUGAUGAGGGUAGUAUCCUCUCGUUUUGUGGGCCCAAUGACAUUGACAUUUACUUGCACAUGAAUAACUCUAGAUACAUGCGAGAGAUGGAUUUCGGGAGGUAUGAUUUUUACUUUCGGUCUGGUUUGGCCAAGUACAUAGGAGAACAUAGGAACCUGACGGUGGUCCAACACGCUGCCCUGAUCCGCUACCGCCGGUCGAUCGACUUCUUGAUGCGAUUUCAUCUCAAAACCAAACUCAUUUGGUUUGACGAGAGAGCGCUGUAUUUUGAACAACGAUUCAUAUCCAAGCAUGAUGGUUUUGUUCGGGCCGUUGCCUUGUGCAAAAAUACCUUUGUCAACUCUGAAGAUAUGAUCAAAGUGAUGACCGAGCACUUUAAUAUUCCACUCCCCAUUUGCCCACCAUAUUUAGAGUCCUUUAUUAAAUCAAAUGAGGAAUCUUCUCUGGCCCUAAAAGAAGAGAUGUUGCAACUCUCCUGAGAUCUCUGAUAAAGUUUUUUUCCAAUCUGUUUUGUAUCACCUUCAUAUUUUACUUCAGAGCUCUAGAUUGUAGAAAUUUGAAUAAGGAGGCGUCUGCAUUACGAACCCAACCAAUGAAAAACACCUACAUCUCUUUAUCUCUGUCUCCAGAGAUCUCUUAUAGCUAUCAUUCAUUCGUUAGUCAUUCAAGUGAUGUGAUAUGUUGAUUUUGUUAUUACUUAAACUCUGCCAAAGUAUUCCAGUUCCAAAACCAAUUCUCCUUCCCUGUUUUGUAGUACAUCUUCAAUCGGAAGAAGCGACCAUUCCACGACUAAUUCUGAUUUGAUCUCUUUGUCAUUCAUUAAAUUGAUCCUCUCACGA